AUGCCACGAACAACGGCAAAGACAAGCCAUGUGCUCAGCAUCCGCCUUGAAGCACCCAACCCGGUCUUCUCGGCUGGCGACACCCUCAUAGGGGUUGUCGCACGUAAACAUGGCCUCGUCAGCCCCCAUGCGACCGUCAAGAUUCAGCUUCACGGCCGCUCCAAAUCACACUUGGUUGUCAGCAAUGGUCAAACGAGUGCCACGUAUCGCGGCCGCUGCAAUUACUUUGAUACUCAUGAGAUGACGCAGACUCUCCAUGAAGGACCAUUACACAUUCCCAAUGACGCCGAGACAACAGAAUGGCCCUUUGCAGUGACCCUACCGACGCACAUCAGCCCCCUCGCUCUCAACUCUCGGACCAACAAUGCCGACAUGUGCUUCCUGCCUUUGGACCCCGAGACUGUCGCUUCCACCGCUUUGCCCCCGACGUUCUACGUUAGAGACGUCGGCAUCUUCUCGCAGAGACACCACAGUUUCGUCGAGUACUGGCUGCACGCCGAGCUUCGCUACACACGCGAGGGGCAUUUCGAGUCCAAGGAGGCCGACCUGCCCCUCCAUGUUCGUGCCGCGACCGCCAGUCCUGUCGACCCCUACAGCCAUCUCAAGACGUCCAAGACGCUUCGCGUCGUCGCCUCCCAUCGCCUCGUCCCUGGCAUGGAAACGGCCGAGCUGAGCUUCCAUCAGAAGACGCGCAAGCUCUUCGGCUCUUCGAAGCUGCCGCGAUUCGCCUACUCCCUUCAGGUCGCCUACCCGACCGUCAUCCAGCUCGGCAGCCCACGCGCCAUUCCCUUUUACGUCAAGGCCGUCCCGGACUGGGGCCGCACCUCGGAAGACAUCGCCAAGGUGCCGCAGCAAGUCAAGCUCGUCGACAUUGGAAUGGAGAUUCACAGCACGACAGCCAUCCGCUGCGUCGGCACCUUCAGCGCCAAGAAGGCGGACGACACGGACAAGAAGCCACUCCAGCUGCGCGGGCCCCUGUCGAGGCUCGCGAAGCCCGUUCUCAUCCCCUGCGGCGAUGCCGUCGCGCCCUGCGACUUUGGCGCGCUUCUCGAUCUCCGCCUCGACGUCGGCGGCCACCAGGUCGGAUUCCGCGAGCCGCACCAUUCCACGGGGACCUUUUACCCCUCUUUCACAACGUGGAAUAUCCGACACUCGCAUCAGCUGAAAUGGCGCGUGCGCAUGAACGUCGCGGACGAGGAUGUCAGCUAUGAGAUGACCGCUCCGCUGAUCAUCCUGGCGCCGAGCUACGGCCCCGCGGCUGACCCGAGCUGGGUGCGCCCGCCGGUGGACGAGACCUGGAUCCAGCCACCUACAGAUGGAGAAGCGCCGCCUGCUUUCGAUCAGAUAGAGAAGGAGGGAGAGAUUGUCGUUGCAAUGGCUUCAAUCAUAGAUGGCAAGGGCAGCGAGACGGUCACGACGGCACAGAAGGGUUGA